AUGGAUAGAAUAUUGGCACGCUCUGGUGUUCGGCUGCAGUCAUCACGAGUUCAGAACAACCAGGAUGGAUCGGAUCCUUACGAAUCUUCAAGCUCAUCAUCAUCUUCUGAAGACCGUGGCAGGGAUAUUUUACUGCGACUAUUGCAGCAGAUCGCUGCAUUUCUCGAACGUAAAGAGAUGAUGAGUACUCGCAUCGCUGCGUCAAACGAAUGGAAUCAGAGUCUCAGUCGCCGGCGUUCAAAGAGCAGCAACAACAAUCUGUUUGAAGUAAUAAUUGACGUCUGUGAGCAGUGGAUGAGACGUCUGAAACAUUCCACUCUUGAUGGACGGGAAGACAAAGAUUGGAGCUCGGAAUCUCCACGUCAGUUGGUAGCUGAAGCAAUUAUUCAGGAAUUAUUGGUAAGCUUGAUGAAGCUGCGAAUAGAAGAGAAAGAAAACAUGGUUAUGCAUGAAGUAGAGUGUGUUGAAAUCAUGCGUCAGUUGUAUGGUCAUCUGCAAAAGGAUGAGGAAGUGGUCCGUAGCAAAGUUUGCAUUGCAGCGGGUGACGAACAACAAUUAAACGAAUUGCAGAUAAUGCUACGAAACGAUUUUCUCGAGGAGUUAUCAAAUGUCGAGAGUCCAGAGAGGAAGCAGCAAUUAGAUUCGGCAGAAAACAAUGAGGCUUCGUUGCAAUUUGCGUGGGAGACAAUUGAUGAUCAAAAAAAGGAAAUUAUCCGGCUGCGCGCAGACAAUGAAAGACUUAGAGACAGCAGCUCGUAUGGCAGCACAUCCACACAAUCAUUCUUCCAAGAAAAUUAUAGUGAGGCGAUCAAAGUGUUGCGAUCUCAACUUUCGUCACAUCAAGUUGAGAACCUGAACAUCCUUCACAACUACAUUCAGCGGCUUGAAAAGACACUGCAGAGCGCCUCUACUACUUCGCACACUACACAGCGGGAAGGUGACAACUUGCAUGCAAUAGUGAAUUUAACUCGUAGCAGUGAUACACUGCUAUCUCGCAGUGCCAUUAGCUCUGACUUUUCAAGAACACAAGUGCAUAGCGAAAGAUGUGGUGAAUGUCGAAAAAACUCAGCAUCACUUUUUGCGCUUCGGUCACAAUGCAAACAACUACGUGCACAAGCUGAGAGAGAUGAAGACUCGUUGCUUCAAGCUGAGAAGGAGCGAAAUCAUCAGCAGCAGGAAAAUUCUGCGUUGUCAUCUGCUCUUCUUUUAGCGAAGCAAAAACAAGAAGAAUUACGCCAAACGAUCAUAAAAGUGACGCAAGAAAAGCAUGAUCUUCAAAAUCUGAGCGACUCGGAGCAACGCACUUCCGAGCGUAGCCUUCAGAUGCUUCAAGAACAGCUUAAUAUCAUGCAAGAGCAGAAGGCUUAUGUGAAGCAAAAGUUUGAUGACCUCAAGAGUAAGUAUGAUUUUGAAGUCAGCGAGAAGCUAGCGACUGUACAAAAGUUAAAUGAUCUGCAGGUCACACACUCCAGUACAUUCCAAUCAAUAACGAAGCUGCAGUGUCAAAUAAAAGAUCAGUACGAAGCUGCGCAAAAAUGGGAGGCGCUCGUUAAAGAGCGAGAUGGUGCGCUCAACGACGUUUACGCUACGGUGACUGGGAUGGAGCAUGAAAUCGUGGCACGUACCGCUGAGCUUCAGGAAAAGGGUGUGAUUAUUGCUGAUUUGAGGAUUGAGUUAGGUGACUUACAGCGUCGCCUCGACGCAAUUAAGGAGGAGAAGUGCACAUCAGCAAAUGAAGUUGAGAGACUUCUUGGAUCACUUGAUGAGUGCAAGCGUAAAAACCAACGCCUUGAAAAGGGCUUCGAAGAGCUUCAACAGGGAAAGGAGCUCCUUGCAAGCUUGCAGCAGAUAGAAAGAGAAACGGCGGUAUCGCAAGUUGAUGAAUUGAAACAGACGCGAGAGACAUUGGAUGCAUUGAAAGUAGAACACGUGUCAACACAAUUCGAGUGCACUCGGUUAGGACAAGCGCUGGCAGACGCAAAGGAGGCGAAGUUAGCGUUUGACACUACGCGCAGCUUGGACGUGAAGCGAAUGCAGCAUGAGCUCGACACCGUUAUCAAAAAGUGCGUGAUACAUGAGCAAGAAUUAACGAGGCAGAAAGCUAUACAGAGCAAAUUAACGACUACAAUACAAGAGCAGCGUGCGCGUGCAACAGACUUAUCCAAUGAGCUCGAUCAGUCUAAGACGGAACUGGAGAUGUGGGUAACUAAAUGCGAUUCACUUGAUGAAGACAAUUUUAAAUUGAAAAAUCAGGUGCAGAGUCUACAUGAGGAGCAAUCUGGGCUCAAGGAAAAGAUUGAAAUGCUUAGUUUGGAGUGUGAAACAAAGUGUUUAAAGCUGUAUGAUCAAGAGAACGCGCUAAAGAACGAGAUUUUAAUGAUGACAGAGCGACAUCGAUCAAUGGAGCGAGAACGCCGCAGUCUUGAGAACGAGAAGCGAACACUACUUCAGCUAGUGCAAACGUUGCAAGCUCGUCCAGAGCUGCAACAGCGUGUGUUUAGUGAGAUGCUUAUGACUUGUCAACGAGGAACAGAACGUGUUUUCUAUCAGUUGUCGGAACGACUUGUGAUGACAUUGAAGAAGAUGAGUGCAGCGGAGAAACAAUUAGAGGCUUUACGAUUAUGUCUAGCUGAGCGCAAAGCUUUUUGUGGGUCUGAAAAUGAUGGAGACAAUAUAGCAUCUCCAAAAAUUGUUAUUCACAAAGAGGAUUUUAGCAGCUCCUCGGUAUUUGCACUUUCGAAUUCUCAGCCAACGUGGUUAGAUUCAGUUAUUUCAUCAGAAGAGCCGCAAUUUUUUGAUAUAAGCCAGAGAAUAAUGCCUACCGACACUGCCAUGGUCAGCAAUGAUGAACCAUUUGUAGAUUUAAAGCAAUCGACAACCAUUCAUCUGCUCACCUGGCACAAACUGAUAACAACGAUGACAAAUCGUCGACUCGACAAGCUGCAAAACCUCAGUACUGUUAUGGCACGACGAUUAUCAAAAGAGCUUCUACGAAGCAUACAAGCUCAGUGUUUAGCGAAGUGGAGAUCCCAUGCUCAAGCAUUUCGAUAUUACACAAGGUCAUCUGCUUCGCCAACUUUGGUUUCGGCUUUGGCUAGUUGCAUCCAUCUGAUCCGUUCACUAUGUGAAUCACCGCGCAAGACUUUGGAGGGCGAAGUUAGUGAACAAGCGAAGUAUUCACUUGAUUGUGGAAGUGAUGAAUUGACAAAGUACUUGAUUGAGAUCAAAUUGAAGGUCGGCGGCUGGAAAGUGGCUGCAGAUUGCAGAAUUGCUCAGUAUGCUAAGCAAAGUAAUCAGCUCAAGGUAGUGCAGAGAAAAUGUGCUGACCUCAAGGAUCUCGUUGGCUUAAAUCAGCGUUUGAUUGAGGAAAUGGAACGCCGCACCACCGGCCAACAAAAGUUAGUUGAGGCUGCGUGGACUUUCGCCACAGCCUUUCAGGCUCUUUCACCUUCUGCUCGAGCCAGAGUGUUUCAGUCGCGUGACUUACUUUCUGCUUCUAUGGGUAUUUUACAGGGUCUAAGCUCGUUGGGAAUUUCUUGUUCAGUAAAUAAAUUCAGCCAAACUCUUGGUCCUAAAAUGAUGCAAAGGGCAAAUAAUGAACCAACAAUGCCCAAGAUAGUGACUGUUCUAUCGUCAAGUGCGGCUUCGGGUGUCAAAACUGGCACAGAUAUUGUGAGGAGUGAAAACGAUCGAAAACAGCUCAACAGCUCUAACAUCGAGCUGCUUGAAGAAGCCGUUCUUUCUUUGAAGAGAGCUAUGCAGCAGCAACGUAGUCUUCAAUUGAAACUCAAGGAAAAGAAACGAUUACUUACAAUCACGACAAAAAAACUGCAUGAAUGCACCAUGCAAUUUCUGCUUCUGAGAUCAUUUCUGCAGUGGAAAAGAAAUCAUUAA